AUGAACGAAGACCCCACCCAGCUCCUGGACCAGGCGACGAUACUCAUCCAGACCGGCCAGGCCGAUGCCGCUCUACAAUUAGCGCAGCAAGCGCUCGACAGCUCGCCCGCGGGAUCCCCCUCAUACCUGUCAGCCUUGAUCGCCGUCGCAGAGAUCUACGUCGAACUUGGAGAUAUCGACACCGCCAGAGCCCAUUUCCUGCGCGCAGUCGAAGCCGAUCCCAACGGGACGAUACCGGAGUCUCAGGGCGGAGGCGCGGAGAAGUUCUUGUGGCUGGCCCAGUUGAGCGAGGAAGGCGGAAAGGAUAGUGUCCAGUGGUUCGAGAAGGGUGUCUCCUCGCUCCGACAUGCGAUCCAGCAACUAGAACAGAACCCCGGCCCUCAGGAGGCGGCCGAGUUACUGGAGAAGAAGCGCAAGAUGGCCAAUGCCCUAUGCGCCGUGGCGGAGAUCUACAUGACCGAUCUUUCCUGGGAGGAAGAUGCAGAGAACCGUUGCGAGACGCUCAUCACGGAGGCUCUCCUCGUUGAACCCAAUGGACCCGAGGUCCUCCAAACCCUGGCUUCCAUUCGAAUCUCGCAGCUACGGACAGACGACGCCAAAGCAGCACUGAGAAGGAGUCUCGAGAUCUGGAAGGACCUGCCCCCGGAGGACCCUAGUAUCCCAGACUUUGCUACCAGAAUCAGUCUUUCUCGUCUCUUGAUGGAGGUUGCGCUGGAGUUUGAGGCGUUGGAGGUCUUGGAGCGGUUGAUCCUGGAAGAUGAUCAGAGUAUCGAGGCUUGGUAUCUAGGCGGAUGGUGCUUAUAUCUCCUGGCUGGGAAGCAACAAGCCCCUGCGGAUGACGAGGAGGAAGCCGAUACCCCAGAGGCCAAGCGCCUUGCAUCGCUCGUUGCCAGUCGCGAAUGGCUCAAGCAGGGUCUGGCUCUCUAUGAGAUCCAGCAGUACGAGGAUGAGAGGCUCAAGGAGCAUGCGCUCGAACUGGUUCAGGAGAUGAACCAGGAACUGGGCGAGGAGAUAGAGGACGAAGAGGCUGAGGGCCAGGAAGGUGAGGAAGGUUGGGAGGACGAGGAGAUCGAGGUGGACUCAGACAGUGACCACGAAAUGGCUGACUCCUGA